AUGGACAGUUGGACAAAGCAUGCACUACGGACUACCUCCCCUGAUCCCCUCACUUGUCAUUCUAUUGCUCCGUCUCCUCUUCGUCGACAUCAACUACAAUUUCUCACUCUCUUGAUCCCUCCGCCGUAUCCUCUAUCCUCGCCGGAAAAUCAGGCCGCCGGUAUCCACCCGCCGCCCGCCUGUUUAUCGCUGAGAUGGGGGAUCAAAUGAAUCAACCGGAGCCGAGAAUUGAGGAGGAAAUGGAGAAAGUGGUGGAUCAAAUUAAAGAAUUGCAGGAAGCAGCGUCAUCUUUGAUUUCUAUGUCAUCGAGGGAAGAGAAAAACCUUCAACAUCGUGCUCUUUCACUUGAUGCAUCCAUUGCCAAACUUCGUUCCUCCAUCAGUUCUCUCACAUCUGAUGGCCGCAUGGAUCCCAAGCUAGCUGAAAAGCUCGAGGAUGAGUUGAAUAAAGCAAAAUGCAUUCUUGUUGAUGGAGAUGCUUCUUCUUUUCUUGCUGGCAAAGUUGACAGUCGGUUCUUAAAGAUGUUUCUUGGUCCUAUUAAUGUGCGAGCUAUUAGGAAGGAUGUGCAGUUUAAAGUGAAAGAGGAAUAUAAUAGUUACAAGGAUAGAACUGCCUGCUUGUUUCUUCUCUUGCCAUCAAUUCUACUGAUUCUUAGAUCGUGGAUGUGGGAUGGCUGCAUGCCUGCUUUUCCGGUUCAAUUGUAUCAGGCUUGGCUUUUAUUCCUCUACACAGGUUUGGCUUUAAGAGAGAACGUCUUAAGAGUGAAUGGGAGUGACAUUCGUCCUUGGUGGAUUUAUCAUCAUUACUGUGCAAUGGUAAUGGCCCUCGUGAGCCUUACUUGGGAAAUAAAAGGCCAACCUGAUUGUGCUCGAAAGCAGAGAGGGGUAGAACUUUUCCUACAAUGGGCCAUGAUGCAAGGAGUUGCAAUGUUAUUGCAAAACCGAUACCAACGGCAGAGGCUAUACACUCGCAUUGCACUUGGAAAGGCAAAGAGAAUGGAUGUUGUAUGGGGAGAAUCAACUGGAGAGCGUGGCCAGCUUUUGCUGCUUUGCCCUAUACUUUUCAUUUUACAGGGCUUUGAGGCAUAUGUUGGAUUGUUGUUGCUUCGAACUGCUUUUGUUGGAGUUGAAUGGCAGGUUGUUUUCUGUGGAUUUCUCCUGGUUUUGAUGGCAAUUGGGAACUUUGUGAACACGGUGCAAAGUUUACUUGUGAAAUCGCGAGUUAAGGCGAAGAUAAAACGGAGUAAAAGUAAGCUGCAGAUAGAUCAGGAAUGAAAUUUCUGAAAGUUAUAAUAUUUUCUAUACUCUUCUUUUUUAAAUGUAUAGUAUUGGUAUGUUGGGUCACUUGCCUGUGUUCUGUAUGUGCUGUAGGUUUUCUUAAGUUAUUCGUCUCAAUAGGGAAAAAUACAUAUACAUAGAAAAAGAGAUCAAUGUGUAUGAUCGUUAGUUUACCACAAACUACUUCCAUUUUUGAGGAGAUUGCCUGGAUUACAAUUGUAUCAGUGAACAAUAAAAUGGGUGUUUCCCGUUCUUGAA